UUACAAAUGGCGCUCAAAACAAAUCUAUGAACUUUGGCCUGUGAUGUGACAUGAUAGAUGUCUGAAUUCUUUUGUCAGGCCCUGACAAAUAUAAGACGAUCCGUUUCAUCAACACUACCCAUCCAUAAAUGAAAAACACUUCUUUUUCGCUGACUCACAUGCAAGUAUCCCGAAGUCAUGGAUUCCCGUCACACAGCCGGUGCAAGUGACUGAGCGAGCCAUUAUAACAAGUUAGAAAGAUGUCUGGAAAAUAAGGGAUUGAGAGCAGUAGGGAUCCCUGUGGAACAUGUCGAGGGGCAGUGGUCGCCUUGGACUGAUGGGUGCUCUCCAUCGCCAGUCCAUGUUUGAUGAUAAACCCACCGGGUCUGACACAGCCAGUGCCACCCAAGCCAGACUUGAGAGGGACCUAAAGGAGGCCAAAGAUGACAAUGCUCUCCUCCGUUCACAACUUGAAGAGGCCAGAUCUACCCUGAAUAUGUUGGUGAAGCAGAGUUCCCAUGAAGGGUUUGAUGAGAGACGAGUCAACCUCCUUAAGUGCCAGCUCAUACAGCAAGAGAGACAGAUCUUACUUCUCAAUGAAGCAGUAGGAAACCGAGCCGCAACACUGAUGGAGGUAGAGAAUUCCCUGUCCUGGUUGGCUGACACCUUCAGGUCUCACAUUGCAGCAGAAGUAAAGGGCAGCACUGUUCCAGUGCUAAGAUCAGACCUUGUCAAGAUGGUCGAAACAGCCGAGUCGGCCAGAAUCAAACUAUUCAAAAAUAUCCAGAAUUCUUCCCAGGAGCAUUUGUCGAAGCCGCUUCUACUGAUAAAUGACUUCCUUCGUCCUGGUCUCCAGAAGGACUAUACUCUGCUGGAUGUGGCAUCAGGCAAACUGGAGCACCUCAAUCUCAAACGAGUGUCCCAGCUGGAGGCUAAGUUAAGCAGCCUGUACAAGGAACUGAUCCGCAUGCAUCAUCUGAUCUCCGACGACAAACUGACUGGUGAGAGGAUGUGUUCAAGUCACAUGACCUCAGCAAUAAAGGAGCGACUCAAUACACAGGUGCUCCGAUCAUGUGCAAUGAUGAAGGACUGUGCUGAUGACCUGUUGACCCUGUCACUGCUUUUCCCAAGUGCACCCUGGCCAGUUCUGAAGCGACCAGUCAUGAAGGAUGUGAGCGCUGAUGAGUUCCUGUCCUAUCUCCCAUCCCUGCCACGUGGCAAGUCACAGACAGUACACCAUUUGGUGGACAAACUUCUCAAAGUGUGCAACUACCGACACCACAUCCAGGACAGAGAGCUGAAGGCUUUGAGAGAGGAAGUGAAGUUCCAUCAAUCUGUCUAUGAUCUGCAGCUGGAGUAUACCCAUUCUCUCCUGGAUGCUGUUAGAGAAAGUUACAGCGAGUUUGAGACAUCUACAAGUGAAGUAAUAGUGAAACCUCUCACAGCUCUGCUGGAAGCAUACACCAUCUUGAAGUCAACAACAGAUGAAGAUGCUCUCAGGACCUUCCUGUCUGUGUUCAAGGACAACGAGGAGCUGUUUUCAGAUGCAGUUGGAAAACUAGCUCUACACUCCAAGGGCAUCAGAGAUGAAAAAAAUUCUUCCCUUACUGCUUUUGGUGAUGAAUUCAUGACUAUGUUGGACCAACAUGUCCUGGUACAGCAGAGGAAGCGAGAGAGAGGUGUGCAGGAGAGACAAGACUUGAAGGUGGAACAGGAGAGGCUAGAUGAGGAGCUCCGCACGCUACUCAAGGACAUUGAAUACGAGAAAGAAAAUGUGAAAGAUGUCAGCUGUACAAGCAACUCAAACAGCCAACCAGGGAUAGGUAUUGAAAGUGGUGGAGCUUCUCCAAAACUUAGCUCAAAUGUUGGAAUACGAAAAAAGUAAAUCGACUUGAAUAUUGAGAAACAUGACUCUUCUCCUGAGAAAGACGACUCCUUUGAAAAUGAGAAGACUGAAGCUGUGGAUGAGAGGGAGGUAAUGUCUAGCAGAACCCCCCAGAGUAGGCAGGGCAGGGUGCACAGGAAGCCUCCCCUCAAGAACAGAAGUGAUGCCACACCAUCACCCCACAGACCCUCCUACAAACCUCAACUGUAUGUGCCAAAUAGAACUCUCAAACUUCGCAGGUCAGGAAGCUUAACUCGAAUUUCUAACGAUACAGCCAGUCCUUACGCCAGGGCAGCAGAGGGUGCAGGGAGGGAAGACAGGGAAGGGGAGGAUGUUCGUGUCUGUAAAGAUGAGGGUCAGGACAGGAUCCGCUCAGAUAUCCCGAAACUCUCACGCUUACCGCAGAGGAAGGCUCCAUUCAAAUGACCCAUGAUGUGUGGUGCCAUGAGAGCUGUGUUUUAUGGUUGUGAUAAAAGAGGAUGCUUCUUAACUUUUACCAGUAGACAGCUACAUGGGGAUGACUACAGCAAGGAACUGCAGCUGCAGCUGCUUGUGACUCUUCUGCAGGGAUCAAGGCAGAGAAUCCAAUCGGUCGGUCAUCCUUUUAUAACUGGUCAAUGAGCACAGUGUACUAAAGAAGCAGAAGUCAAAUCCUUGAUUUGUAAGAGUGGAUGAAUUCUACACAUUCCAGUAUUUUCUAAGCUAAUGCAAUGGUACAUGUAUAUGCAAUGCCCAUCUACAGAUGGCAAUACUGAUACACAGUGUACAUGUGUUAGUUAAAAAGUAUAUAUUUGAUUGCUCAAUGGUUUAUUUUAAUGCCAACAACACCAAUAAAAUACAACGAAUUCAA